CCAUCAGUUUCGCUUUCGUUUCCGUUUAAAUGUUCUAAAUCUUCGGCCGAAGCUAAGAAGUGGUGAAAACCACUGUUGUUGACGGCAUCUGCGAAAAUGAAUAUCGUCUCCAGACACAUAUUUUACUUUCUCUGCAAAAACGACGGCUGUUCGGACUACGGUAAAGUCGAGAAGGAUUUACGGCAGAGUUUUACGGUGGCGGAUCAGGUUUUGUCUCAGGUGCUCGAUGAUCACCAGAGGUUUGUUAUAGUUCGGGAUGAAGACUCGAAUCCCAAAAGCCCCAUACCAGAUGCUGACAGCCUGAUCUUAGCCAAAACCUCACUGCGACUGUGUAAACAUGACAGAUGUCCCGGGUGUGAGGACCUGCACAUAUGCAGGUACUUUGUGUGUGGAAAUUGCAGGUUUGGGGCAAAAUGCAAAAACUCCCAUGACCAACGUUCAGCAUAUAAUUAUGACCUCCUGAUGAAACAUGAUCUUCAUGGCCUUGCGUGUGGAGAGUUGUUUCAACUCCUGCUUCAAAACGACCCCUCGUUACUCCCGGAGGUGUGCGCCCACUACAACAAGGGAAAUGGCGAAUAUGGCAGUUGCAAAUAUAAGACAACCUGUACCAACCUCCACCUCUGCCUGCACUUCCUUCAGGAGGACUGUAAGUUUGGAGCAGCUUGCAAAAGGGCCCACAGCUUUGAUGCAAAUGCUCAGAAGAUCCUGAAUGCCCGAGGGCUCAGUCCGGAAAACAUGCGCAAACUCCUCAGGCUUUACAAGAACAAGUUACUGAUUGCUUCUUCAGCUUUCAAGAAGCGUGAGACAGUAACCCUUCCAGCAGUGAAAGGACGCACCAGACACAAAUCCGGUAGUUCUGUCAGUGAAGCGGAUCACAAUGAAAUCUGUCUCUUUUUUAUACGCACUGGAUGUAGUUUCAAAGACAAGUGUGCCCGUUUUCACCACCAUCUACCCUAUAAAUGGCAGAUAUUACAGAAGGACGGGGUUACGUGGGGUGACUUGCCGAAUGAAGAAGAGAUUGAGAAGGCGUACUGCAGCCCAGCUAAUGUUUUGUGUAUUACAGAGAGCAGCACAGGGCAUCAGGUAGUGGACUUUAUGUCCAUGACUUGUGGAGUGUCAGACGUGCGUCGGCUGUCCACAGCAUCAUCUGUUACUAAACCUCCUCACUUCAUUCUGACCACCGAAUGGAUCUGGUACUGGAGGAAUGACAAGGGAGGUUGGACGGAGUAUGGCAAAGGGGAAGAUCCUAAACUUGUGGCGUCAGUCACUUCAGAAGAUCUCGAGAAACACUACCUGGCUGACAGUGAAAAGGAAAUUUCAUUCACUUCACAGAAUCAUCAAUACAUCCUUAAAUUUAAAGAGAUGUGCCAGCAAAAUCCGAAGUUUAAAACUGAAAGAGACAUUAGAAGGAGACCACGUUUUAUUUCUGCGCAAGAUGUCAAGAGCAAAAUCAAGGGAAGUGAGUCCCCAGACAGCUCAGCGUCUUCUUCUGUGGAAGUUCCACCUUACUGGGACAAAGGAGCUCUUGAUAACUUCACUUACAAGAUGGUUCCCCUGCAAAGCUCUUCCAAGGAAUACCAAAGGGUGGCUGCAAUGUUUCAUAGAACUCUGCCCAAAAGCAUCAUUCUCAGCAUUGAAAGAGUGCAAAAUCUUUCUCUCUGGAAGGUCUUUCAGUGGCAAAAAGAACAGAUGAAUGUGAGAAAUGGAGGGAGUGCAGUUGACCAGCGUUACCUUUUUCAUGGUACGGAUGAGUCUCUCAUAGCAGCCAUUUGUGAGCAAAACUUUGACUGGAGGAUCUGUGGAAGUCACGGGACACUUUAUGGGAAAGGCAGCUAUUUUGCCAGAGAUGCUUCAUACUCUGACAGAUAUGCAAAAACCGGGAACGGCAGGACCAAGAAGAUGUUUGUGGCACUGGUGUUGGUGGGAAGCUUCACAAAGGGUAACAAUCUUUUAGCUCGUCCUCCACAAAAACCCAACAGCAAAAGCUUUUAUGACAGCUGUGUUGAUAACGAGGCUAACCCGGCCAUUUUUGUUGUGUUUGAGAAAUUCCAGAUCUAUCCUGAGUACAUCAUUGAAUACUCCUAAUUUGUAUAGUAUUGAAAUACUUGAGUAUAUUUCAAAGGUCUCCUUGUCUAAUUAUAUCUUUAGAGUCCAGUUACACAGAUGUUUUUAUGUUAACGUCACUGAACAUAAUAUCUACAACUCAGCAUUUCGUAAUGGAUAAGUGUUUUAUCAUAACUAAUUUUAAUAGUAAGUCCUCUGUGGCACAAUCCACUGUAGUAAAAAUGAAAAACUGGUAAAUACAAAAUGUUACGUAGAGGUCUUUAUGUAUAAGGUGCAAUGAUUGCAUGUGCUUGUUGGCUAGGGCCCUAAAAAAAAGUAAAAAAAACCCCCCAAAAAAACCAGUAUUGUUUAAAUAAUACCUAAUCAAUGGUAUAGCCUAAAGCUCUUCACUAACUAUCAAUCAAUAUAUAAUUCAAUUUUAUUGCAGUAGAUUUUGAAGCACAUGAAAAGGAUUUAGUUGUCAAUUUCGAUUUUUAUGUCAUUCAUGUUUAAUGUAUUUUAAUGUUAAAUGAUGUGGAUGGAAUUAAAAACACUCAUACUGUUA